AUGAUGCACACUCAGACUGCCCGUGUCUUGGCCGAGGCCACUAAAUGCUGUGCGCCUGAGGAGCCUACCGGCCCCAAGGCCCCCUCAAUUGCCCCUUCCCUUACUUUCUCUGAGCAAUCAGCAGAGGAACAAGAUAUAGACGAGACAAAUCCUACCACCGAGAAUCGACGCAGACGCGCCUCUACGCGUCUCAUUGCCCAGAGCGCCGCAGAUGUCCAGCGCAUUACAGGAGAAUCGACUGCUCAGCUGGCUGCAAGAUGUUGUGGUGGGGGCUGCUGCAUGAAUGUCGGCGCAAAGAAGACAGGGGUCAAGUACGAAAAAGUCCAGCACCCAGACAACGACGCCUUCCGAUCGCUUUGUCUGAAGAUCGACGAGAUCCCAACCACAUUGACCAAUGUUAUCGACCCGCCAGAGCAAACAGCCUUCCUGGAGCCACUGCGACGACCGUCUGACAUACCGUCACCUACUCCUACAGCUGCAUCUCAUGGCACUGAGAGCAGCGACACAGUCAGCGAUGCUCUGGUACAAAGCACCCAGAAGACCCUGCAGCAACUUUCCCUCGAAGAUCUCGACACCACCAUCCAGCCUCCGAGAUUCGUUCAGCCCCAUCCCCCACACCAUGUGUUCCCAGCUCGCAUACAUAAAGCCCGUGAGCUGACACGGGAAGGUGCCGAGAAGAGGACGUUUCACUUUGAUAUCGACAUUACCAACUACCCAGAUGAAGAGGGUGUCGACUUCAAGGUCGGAGGAGCCAUUGGUAUAUCCGCGCCAAAUGACGAGGCCGACGUCGACGAGAUCCUCGAAACCCUUAUGGUGCCAAGAUUCCUGCGUGACAAGCCUGUCAUGCUGCGGACUACCAAGGGACGUUGGCCCACGGUAUGGGGUGAUGACCAGGCCCGGCAGCUGGUUACGACGCGGCGUGAUCUUCUGACUUGGUGCUCCGACAUCCAGUCUUACCCACCUACGAAGCAGCUGCUGCGCGUCCUCGCCGACCACGCAACCGAGGAGAACGAGCGCAAGAUCCUGAUGUAUCUCUGCUCCGGGGAAGGCCAAGGGGCCUUCUGCGACUUCCGGACAGGGCCACAUGUCUCGGUCUCCCAGCUCCUACACGCGUUCCCCAGCUCAAAGCCACCUGUGGACGCGCUCCUCUCUCACCUCCAGCCCCUGAUGCCUCGCUUCUACUCCCUGUCUAACGACCCUCACGACUCGUACGAGACCCGGGACGGGAAGACACACCGUCUGAUCGAAAUCGCAGUCACGGUUCAUGAGUCCGCUGACUGGAGAAAGGGAUCAAGAACGGGUGUCGGCUCGGGUUUCUUCCAGCGGCAGGCACUCAAGUUCAUCGACGCUGAGGCGGGGGGAGAGAAGAACCCCCAGGUCUACGUCCCCAUGUUCAAGGGCCUGAUGGCGAACCCACUGGCCAAGAAGUUUGUGUCUGACGGGCCCAUGCUCCUUAUUGGGGCCGGCGUGGGCAUCGCGCCUUUCCGAGGCUUCGUACAGCGCCGCCUCAAGACGGCCAAUUGCGCCAACAAGGUCUGGGUGCUUCAGGGCAUUCGCGACUCGCUCGUGGAUGAGAUCUACAGUGGCGAGUGGGGCGUGCACGAGGACGAGGUGAAGCGCGUGGUCGAGAGCCGUGUUGGCGAGGGCCGUUAUGUCCAGGAAGAGGUCAUCAACCAGGCCGACCUCGUGUGGUACGUCAUCAACGCCGUCGACGGCCGCGUGUUUGUCUGCGGCAGCAGCAAGGGCAUGGGUGAGGGCGUCGAGGAGUCGCUCAUCGACGUGGCCAUGAAGAAGGGCAACCUGGGCCGGGACGAGGCCAAGAAGUACUGGGACCUGAAGAAGCAGGUCGGCCAGUACAUCGCUGAGACGUGGUAA